CCAGUCACGCUGGAGAGGAGACUUUGCGGAGCUGUGUGGUUAGGUUUUUUUCUUUCUCUGUUCUCACCUCAGCCAGCCGAGAGAGGAUGAACGGAGCCGCGUCUGGGUUUCCUCCGCGUCGGGUCGUCCUCCGUGUCUCCACCGUCUAAAGACUUCUUUUCGGUCUAAUGUUUCCCCUCCGAGCGUCAACUGGGAGAGAAUGUGUCUGCUCGUUUUUGCGACUUUAUUUGGAGUCCUUCUUGACGCAGGAAAUGCCCUUCAAAUCCAGUGUUACCAGUGUGAGGAGAUGAAGCACAAUGACUGCUCCACGCCGGAGUACAUCGUCAACUGCACCGUCAAUGUACAGGACAUGUGUCAGAAAGAGGUGCUGGUCAAACCUGAUGGGAUACAUUAUCGGAAGUCUUGUGCAUCCUCUGGGGCCUGCCUCAUUGCCUCCUCUGGCUACCAGCAGUUCUGCACCGGCAGGCUGAACUCGGUCUGCAUCUCCUGCUGCAACACUCCGCUCUGCAACGGCUCCAAGAGGAAGCGGCCCGUUCCCUCGGCAGCGACGUCGAACCUGCAGACGAACCAGCCUCUUAUUCUGUUCCUGCUGGCACUGAAGCUCCUUCUGCUGCCGUAGACGAUCCUGCCACAUUUACACUGUUCAUGUGAGGGCCUGAACAUGUGGUCGCUGAGCAGGUUUGGACAACACAUUGGCUUUCUAUCUUCUCAGCAUCACAAAAAACUGUUCGAUGUCACGGUGUAACUGCUGAGACUGACACUGGAAACCUGCAGCGAAGUGGACGCAUUACAGAGCUUUCUGAAUCAUUUAUCACACUUGUUGCUAGAGAAAGAUAAUGCAAUCUGCAGCUGAGGCAUCUCUCAGUUUCUUUGCUUUUUGUGAAGUGGAGCGUCUUUUUUGGGGGGGGUGAAGAAUCUGGUCUAUUUUCUGGUUAUUACCUGCUGUAAAAGCGGCUGGUAGAAGUUGCUGUCAAAAAUAAUGUGUUUAAGCUUUGAUUUUGUGGCCUUUCGUUGAUUUAUUGGUUAAAGCAGCACUGUUGAUUUAAUUUCUCAUUGUUGCUGUAGCUCUUGUUGCUCAGAAUACAGAAUAUUUCCUGAUUUAAAACUGAUUACAGACCUUAUGAACACAAGCUAUACUCAUAUGCUUCAUACGUUAUGAUGAAAGCCGCACUUUGCUUCUGGCAAACAAUUGAAUUUGAAGUCUUCUGAGGUCUCUUGCAGCACAUUAUUCUGUCACUUUUAUGUAUAUUUUCCACUGCCAUACAGUAUUGAUUGACAUUUUUCUACAGGGAAUAGAAGAGAUGAUGAACUGGUUUUAGAAAGCCUAUUUGAGUUAUUGCUUAUUUAUCCUGGAUUAUAAAAUUGAUUGAGCUGAUUCCAUCAUACGAAGAGCUUAUUAGAGGUAUUAGAGAGACAAUGAUACUCCAUAUAUUCCUUUGUGAAAAGAGAUACUGAAUUGUCUUAGAGCUGAAGUACAGCGAAUGAUAACAUGUAUAUGACAUAGUGCUAUAUUAGGACAAGCUACAAGCACAAAUAAAUUCUCACUGGAGAGCUGCUUCAGGGCGAUAUCAUAUUUACCUUUAAGUUUAUGUUUCUUUAAGAGAAUUAAGCCAUUAUAAUUUAAAUGUGCAUGUAGCCACUGCUGAAAACCAAAUACUAUAUUUUAUAAGUGAUGCUUGUUCAGGUGAGCAUUUUAGGAAGUUUGCACAUUCAUAUUUCCCUAUAAAUAAUUUAUUUGCUUAUUUCUUAGUGUCACAAAGUUUAAUUUUACUGCUUGAAGUGGAUUUGUUUCUCGAGCUGUACAGUAUUGUAUUUAUAUGUAGUGAGUGUGCUGUGGACGAUGCAGACAUUCUUGCACUGUAUUUCAAUUUUAAUGCCACACAUGAAGGAGCAAAAGACAAACAGACACCGUUUCCCAUUAUUUUAUUCAUGUCAAGAACAAUAGCAGCGUACAUCGAUUAAGACUUUAAGACAAAUGAUGGACAGUUUCAGGCAGAGAUGAACCAUCUGACAAGCGUUUGUGGCAGUUUUUUGAUCGGUCUUCUGUGAAGAGUAACACUGUAUUCUGCUGAUGUGUGAUGUAAAUAAAUGUUGCAGAAAAAUGAA